CAGUAUAGCUUUCUGUCUCAGAUUCCUCCAUCCAUUGACAAAGAAAAAACAGGACUUGAGGGAAAAGUUUGCUGUUUCUAGGGUUUCUUUAUUCCAUUCUAUCUUCUUGAUUGGAAAAUGAAACUCUUCUGAUUCCUUUCGCCCAAUCUGUGAGCUUUAUCAGAUUCUUGAAGACCCUUUUGAAUAUUCUUUUAUAAUCAAAUUCACAUCUUUUUUUUUUCCGACAUUACACGAUGCGGAUGCUUUUGAGUUGCCUCCUUGUCUUGUCCUUGUCCUCUUUGGCGUUUUCAAACGAAAACGCCAGCUCGUACGUCCUUCCGCGACCGUUGAUCUUCGAGACACACGAGCUCAAGACCAUUGAAGAAGAUAACGUCAUUGUGAAUUGCACGAGCUGGAGAUUCGCGGCGGAGACGAACAAUCUCGCGCCGUGGAAGACGAUUCCGGUUGAAUGCGCCGGUUACGUGAAAGACUAUCUGAUGGGUAAAGGGUACGUUGUGGAUUUGGAGAGAGUCUCGGAAGAGGCUAAGGUGUACGCAAGCAGCUUUGGAUUUAGCGGUGAAGAUGGGAAGGAUACUUGGAUCUUUGAUAUUGAUGAGACUCUCUUGUCGAAUCUUCCUUAUUAUUUGGAACAUGGUUGUGGGUUGGAAGUUUUUGAUCAUACGAAGUUUGAUAAAUGGGUGGAGAAAGGAGUUGCACCUGCUAUAGCACCAAGCUUGAAGCUUUAUGAAAAGGUUAAAGAUUUGGGGUACAAAGUUAUCCUGCUUACUGGGCGAAGAGAGAAUCAUAGGGUUAUCACUAUUGAGAACCUGAUCAAUGCCGGUUUCAAUAACUGGGACGAGCUUAUUCUGAGAUCGUUGGAUGAUGACCACAAAACGGCGACCAUAUUCAAGUCAGAGAAGAGGGAUGAGAUGGUGAAAGAAGGGUAUAGGAUCAGAGGCAAUUCAGGUGAUCAAUGGAGUGAUUUGUUGGGUUCUGCAAUGUCUCAACGCUCAUUCAAACUCCCAAAUCCCAUGUAUUACAUCCCUUGAAGUGGAGAAAACAAACUCUUUUUUUGAUAAGGCAAUUCAGGUGGCCUACUGUUUUUGAAGUUUGGGUUACCAUAUGUAAUUCCUUGCUAUAUAUUAUGUAUGUACCAAUGACUGCAUCAGUUCUAUGUUUAAGAGCUUGAUUGCAACAUAAAUUAUAAAGUUACAAAGUGCC